UGGGUAGCUUCCACUCCACUUACACUGAACACUGAUACAGCUACCAGCAGCGGCGUCCGAGCUCCUUCAAGACAGGAUUCCGGCAGUUGGCUGUGGCUUACUUCGAUCAAUCCUGCCUCUUUUCAGGCUAUGGAUUGACGGCAGCAAAUUUUGCUACAGUGCAUUCAAACUCUCUCGCCCAAGCGGUUUGAUUGGGACUUCGGAAGUGGACUCGAGUCCACGCACUUUCUGUGCGCCUCACAAUAGCACAUAGCAGUCGCGUCGCUCUUGGCGGGGAUGGGGAAAAUGUGGCGGCCACAGAGACCAGCCAAGGCCGGAAGUGAGGAGAAGGCCAAAUGGGUUGCGGUGACCCCCGCCAUUGACGGGGAGGUUGAGGCAUCGAUGCUAGGGGUUUCGGUGGCAGCGGCGGCUGGGGGCAGGGAGAAGGGGCCACUGCAGGAUGGGGUUGCAGGGGCUCGAGCUCCUGUUAUCGCCACCAACGGGAAGGGCAAGGUCUUAGUGCAAAGGGGUCCAGUGAUCCCUACCGUUAACAAGAAGAUCAAUGUGCAGGUGGUGGAGGGGGUGCAGGCGAUCGUGGUGAAUGGAAAUGGUAAGGAUGAGAAGCAUGAUGAGGAACAGUUGGGUCGCUCUCAACCGGGGAUAGCGAAAAUGUGGCGGCCAAGGCGACCGACAAAGGCGCAGCCGGGAGCAGGAGGAGUGAAGCACGGUAAAGGGGUUGCGGUGAUCAUCGUUGAUGGGGAGGUCGAGGCGUCGGUAAUAGGGGUUCCGGUGAUCGCGGCGGCCAGGGGUAGGAAGAAGAGGCAACUAGAGGAUGGGAUUGCAAUGUGUCGGAUAGAUGCUUUGGAUGGUUCUCCACCUAUCGCCACUGACAGAAAGAGUGAGGUCUCGGUGCAAACGGAUCCAAUGGUCCCCACUAUUGACUGGAAGACCGAUGCGCUAGUGGUGGAGGGGGUGCAGGCAAUCACCGUGAAGGGGAAUGGUAAGGAGGAGAAGCAUGAUGAGGAACGGUUGCGUCGAGAGCGACCGGGGAUGGCGAAAAUGUGGCGGCCACGGCAGCUGACAAAGGCGCAGCCGGGAGCAAGAGGAGUGAAGGACGACAAAGGGAAUGCGGUCGUUGAUGGGGAGGUCGAGCCGUCUGUGAUAGGGGUUCCGGUGAUCACGACGGCUGGGGGCAGGAAGAAGGGGCAACUAGAGGAUGGGAUGGCAGUGUGCCGGAUGGAUGCUCUAGAUAGUUCUCCAGUUAUCGCCACCAACAGAAAGGGCGAGGUCUUGGUGCAAGCUGAUCCGAUGGUCCCCAUUGUUGACAGGAAGAUCGAUGCGCUAGUGGUGGAGGGGGUGCAGGCAAUCACCGUGAAGGGGAAUGGUAAGGAGGAGAAGCAUGAUGAGGAACGGCUGCGUCGCUCUCGACCAGGGAUGGCGAAAAUGUGGCGGCCACGGCAGCUGACAAAGGCGCAGCCGGGAGCAAGAGGUGUGAAGGACGAUAAAGGGAAUGCGUUGAUCAUCGACGACGGGGAGGUCAAGGCGUUAGUGAUAGGAGUUCUGAUGAUCGCAACGGCCGGGGGCGGGAAGAAGGGGCAACUAAAGGGUGGGAUUACGGUGUGUCGGAUGGAUGCUCUGGAUGGUUCUCCGGUUAUCGCCACCGACGGUAAGGUCGAGGUCUCGGUGCAAACGGAUCCGAAGGUCCCCAUGGUUGAGCGGAAGAUCGAUGCGCUAGUGGUGGAGAGGGUGCAGGCGAUCACCGUGAAGGGGAAUGGUAAGGAGGAGAAGCAUGAUGAGGAACGGUUGCGUUGCUCUCGACCGGGGAUGACAAAAAUGUGGCGGCCACGGCGACCGACAAAGGCGCAGCCGGGAGCAAGAGGAGUGAAGGACGACAAAGGGGAUGCGGUUAUCGUCGCCGACGGGGAGGUCAAGGCGUCAGUGAUAGGAGUUCCGAUGAUCGCAACGGCCGGGGGCGGGAAGAAGGGGCAACUAAAGGGUGAGAUUACGGUGUGUCGAAUGGAUGCUCUGGAUGGUUCUCCGGUUAUCACCCCCGACGGUAAGGUCGAGGUCUCGGUGCAAGCGGAUCUAAUGGUCCCCAUGGUUAAGCGGAAGAUCGAUGCGCCAGUGGUGGAGGAGGUGCAGGUGAUCAACGUGAAGGGGAGUGGUAAGGAGGAGAAGGAUGAUGAGGAGUGGUUGCGUCACUCUCGGCGAGGGAUAGGGAAAAUGUGCCAGCCACAGCGACAGGCGAAAGUGCCACCAGAAGAAGGGGGAGUGAAGGAAACCGAAGGACUUGCGGUGAUCGCCGUCGACGGGGAGGUUGACGCGUCAGUGCUAGAGAUUCUGGUGGUCCCGGCUGCCGGGGGUGAGGAGAAGGGGCCAUUGCAGGAUGGGAAUGUUGUGUGCCGGAUGGACGCUCUCGAUGGGGCUCCAGUUAUUGCCACCAGCGGGAAGGGCGAGGUCUCGGUGCAAGGGGAUCCGGUGGUCCCCGCCGCUAAGCAGAAGGUCGAUGUGGCGGUGGCUGAAGGGGUGCAGGGGAAUGGUAAGAAGAUGAAGAAAAAGAAGGGUGGGGAGAGGAUCAAGUGGCUGAAGCACUACUCCUCGGCGCAGAGCAUACUCAUCAUCGGAGACGGCGACUUCUCCUUCUCGCUGGCGCUCGCCACCGCGUUCGGCUCAGGACAGAACCUCGUCGCCACAUCCCUGGACUCUUACGGGGCUCUAACAAGCAAGUAUGGCAAAGUUGAAUCUAAUGUAAUAGAGCUCAAAAGAUUGGGGGCCACAGUUUUGCAUGGAGUUGAUGCGAAAACGAUGAAGCUUCACCCACAUCUGGAGAUGAGACAAUUCGAUCGAAUUGUCUUUAAUUUUCCUCAUGCUGGGUUCACAGGAAGAGAGGAUCACCUUCAUGUCAUCAUGGCACAUAAGCAGGUGGUGCAUGGGUUUUUUGCAAAUGCGCGGCACCUGCUUCGGCCCUAUGGUGAAACCCACAUUAGCCACAAGACAGGAUUUCCUUACGAUGCAUGGGAUAUCGCGCAACUAGCCUACGAGUCUUCUCUUAUCAUGGUUGGUAAAGUUGAUUUUUCCAAGAAAGACUACCCUGGUUACAACCAAAAGAGAGGAGAUGGUGCAACGUGCGAUCAACCUUUUGCACUAGGUCCUUGCUGCACUUUUAUGUUCUGCAUCGGAGACGUAGAAAAGCUGAAGCAAGCGUAUGGAAACUGGGUUGGUUCGAUCUCAUACCUUGGUGACAGCAAAUUCUAUCAAGGCAUAUCAGCAACUGAAAUGUGGCCAUUUGAUCUGCAUUCACUUGCUCCAGCAUGGCAUCAGCCGUAUUUUCCUCCAGUCAACACAGUUCACAUGCCAAUAGCAUUUGAUCCUUGCCCCUUUGGAGUUGCUGAAAUGGAACAUCCAGUUAACUGUUAUGGACUAGAAUAUAUGAUUCCAGACCACUUUUUUCUUACCCCUUCUUGUACCGCUAACUAUAUGCUCCCAGACCACUCUUUUCUUCCCCAUCCUUGUACCUCUAACGCUAACUAAACUAGCUAGGUGCUCGCAUGGCAUGUUGAUCUGGGGCAAACAAAACUGAAAUAGUUUUAUCGUUUUAACUGAAAAAGUUCACCCAUUUCGCUCAAUGGGCUU